AUGCUCACCAGAUCCCUCCAAUCAACCAACAAGAAGCCCCCUUCCAAGAAGCAGUGCCCCCACAAUUCGCCGCCCCUCUUCGACUGCGACUGCUUCCACUGCUACACCAGCUUCUGGUUCCGCUGGGACUCCUCCCCCAACCGCGAGCUCAUCCACCAAGCCAUCAAAGCCUUCGAGGACCACUUGAACUCCAGCGACUCUCUCAACAACUCCCCCAAGACCAAGCACAGGGACAAAUUGGCCCUCCGCAACAAACCCCUAAUUUCCUCGCUGCCCAAAAAUCAAGAAAUUCCCAUCUCCUCCGUCGAGCCACCGCCCGAUGCUGAGGCUGAUGGUGAUGAAUUAGCCACGGGAGUGAGUGGGAAGAAGGAGAUGGAGGACAACUGUGUGGCAGAGCCGGCGGCGAGGCCGAGGACGCAUAAAUGGGCUUUUGCAGUAACAAACUACUAG